AUGUUUUAUUCGUCUCUCCGUCUGUCUUUCAUCUGUUGGUUUCUAUCUAUAUAUCCAUUCAUAUAUCUAUAUUUUCUUCUCAUUCCCAAAUUUUCUCUCUCUUUUCAUUCUCUCUCUCAAAUUGUCUCUCAAAUUGUCUCUCUUUCUCUUUUCUUUACCUCACUCUCAAAUUGUCUCUCUUUCUCUUUUCUUUACCUCUCUCUCAAAUUGUCUCUUUUUCUCUUUUCUUUACCUCUCUCUCAAAUUGUCUCUUUUUCUCUUUUCUUUACCUCUCUCUCAAAUUGUCUCUUUUUCUCUUUUCUUUCUCUCUCUCAAAUUGUCUCUCUUUCUCUUUUCUUUACCUCUCUCUCAAAUUGUCUCUUUUUCUCUUUUCUUUCUCUCUCUCAAAUUGUCUCUCAUUCUCUUUUCUUUACCUCUCUCUCAAAUUGUCUCUUUUUCUCUUUUCUUUCUCUCUCUCAAAUUGUCUCUUUUUCUCUUUUCUUUCUCUCUCUCAAAUUGUCUCUCUUUCUCUUUUCUUUACCUCUCUCUCAAAUUGUCUCUUUUUCUCUUUUCUUUCUCUCUCUCAAAUUGUCUCUCUUUCUCUUUUCUUUCUCUGUUUCAAAUUGUCUCUCAAAUUGUCUCUUUUUCUCUUUUCUUUCUCUCUCUCAAAUUGUCUCUCUUUCUCUUUUCUUUAUCUCUCUCUUUUCUUUAUCUCUCUCUCAAAUUGUCUCUCUUUCUCUUUUCUUUAUCUCUCUUUUCUUUCUCUUUCUCAAAUUCUCUCACGCUUUUCUUUCUCUCUCUCUCUCUCAAGUUGACCCUCUCUUUAUUUUUAAUAUAUAUAUCUCUUUCCUUGUUAUCUUCCGUUCGUCUAUUCUUGUAAUUUCUGUCUUUUAUUGUGUUUCGAGAUCUCUUACCAGAGCGUCUCGUUUUCACGGGGAAAAUUUUGCAUAUCCUUUUCAAAAUAUUUUUGUCUUCUUCUUUCACUUCCGUUUCUUUUAA